AUGGCCACGGGGUCAGCUUUGUUUCCUGGAGACUCUGAAAUUUCCACAAUUUUCAAGAUCUUUCAAAGGCUGGGGACGCCAACAGAGCAAAUGUGGCCGGAAAUCACGAAGCUGCCGUACUUCAAGCCGACCUUUCCGCAAUGGCCCGCACACAGCUGGGCGCAGAUUCGAAAUACUUUGCAGCAGGUGGGUUCGGAUGGUGCAGACCUUCUCGACAAGCUCACCUACUACGACCCACGACGGCGAAUCAGUGCAUUCCGGGCCCUCCAGCAUCCGUACUUCAGGGAUGUUGAUCCGAGAGACUACGAUGCCUGA